UUGGUCGUGUCUGUGUACGACGGAGGGGCUUGCGAAAUUAAGGAGACUGCAAGUGUCCAGCACUUACUAUGAAAAUCAUACUUGUGCGAGAGAACUAGAGGGUGACUGGAGCGAGACACACAAUGCCCCAAACGACCUGGAAGUGACACGCGCAUCAGUCUGCAUCCCGCAAUCUUCUUAGCCCCGAUUUAAACGUCGCCUUGCGACCGAAAGUCGUUUCGGGACUUGAUCCGGACGUUUGUGCAGUUGAGAAUAGUUUCGAGCUCUCGCAUCAUGGAGUACACCUCUUCCACAAAGCCUCAGCUCUCUUCCAGGGCGAACGCUUUCUCCAUAGCCGCGCUCAUGUCAAGCGGGAAAUCGAAGGACAAGGAGUCGGAGGAAAACACCAUCAAGCCGCUGGAACAAUUUGUGGAGAAAUCGUCGUGCCAUCCAAACCUCGCAGACCUGCCUUCGCUGGAAAGCCACGGGGACUUCAGCGGCGGCGGCGGCGGAGCUCCGUUAUGCACCGAGCCGCUCAUUCCCACGAGCCCCGGCGUGCCCAGCGAGGAGAUGGCCAAGAUCUCCUGCAGCCUCGAGACGAAAGAGCUGUGGGACAAGUUCCACGAACUCGGCACGGAAAUGAUUAUCACGAAAUCUGGGAGACGAAUGUUUCCGACAAUCCGUGUAUCAUUUUCCGGAGUGGAUCCGGACGCCAAAUAUAUCGUACUAAUGGACAUCGUUCCGGUGGAUAAUAAGAGAUAUCGAUAUGCCUAUCAUAGAUCCUCGUGGCUAGUGGCGGGAAAGGCAGAUCCGCCUUUACCUGCUAGGCUGUACGUGCAUCCGGAUUCGCCGUUUACCGGAGAACAGCUAUUGAAACAAAUGGUUUCUUUCGAAAAAGUGAAGCUUACAAACAACGAACUGGAUCAACACGGACACAUCAUCCUAAACUCCAUGCACAAGUACCAACCGCGAGUUCAUAUCAUCAAGAAGAAAGAUCACACAGCGUCACUUCUCAAUCUGAAGUCUGAGGAGUUUCGUACAUUUGUCUUCACUGAGACAGUGUUCACUGCGGUCACUGCUUACCAGAACCAGCUGAUAACCAAACUGAAGAUUGACAGCAACCCUUUUGCCAAGGGCUUCAGAGACUCCUCCAGACUCACGGAUAUUGAGAGUAGGGAAAGUGUUGAGAGCUUGAUCCACAAGCACUCUUAUGCCCGGUCGCCCAUUCGGACUUAUGCUGGCGAUGAGGAAACCCUGGGAGAAGAUGGGCACUCGGCACACAGUAGAGGUUCAGCAUUCACAGCAUCGGACAACCUUUCCCUCAGCUCCUGGGUCACCACCACGUCUGGCUUCUCCGGCUUUCAGCACCCUCAGUCUCUGUCUGCCAUCGGAACCAGCACGGCGUCCCUGGCCAGUCCUCUUCCUCACCCCAUCCAGGGCUCUCUACCCCCUUACAGUCGACUGGGCAUGCCUCUCACCCCGUCCGCCCUGGCCAGCUCCAUGCAGGGCAGCGGCCCCACCUUCCCCUCCUUCCACAUGCCACGCUACCACCACUAUUUCCAGCAGGGGCCCUACGCCGCCAUCCAGGGACUGCGCCAUUCCUCCACAGUCAUGACCCCGUUCGUAUGAUUCCUGCCACUUCAGCCUGAUAAGAUUUCCCAGUCACCGGCAUGCAAAGGAAGACAUACUGCACCCGUACACACAUGCUUACACGAAAGGAAGAACCACAUGUAAAUAACAUUGACCGACGACCGGACGCGCGCUGCUUCUCGCGGUUGCGCUGGAGAAAAGGUGAACGAAAAGCCCGACGGACACGGAUUCUUGUAAAACAGAACUUCGAGCAUGAGUUUUUAGUGUUGUUAAGAGACUCAGAGAUCCGUCUUCAUCUGCAAAUGCAUUAGUGCUACCUUAAAAGGGAUAGCUCACCCAAAAAUUUAAAUUCUGCCAUUUUUUAAUCAUGUUGUUCCAAACCAUUCCCAUUGACUUGCAUUGUAUUUCUGGUCCAUAUAAUGAAAAUCAAUGGGAAAUUGUGUUCUGGAAGACAAUAUGAAUCCAGCUUUUUUCAAAAUACCUUUUGCGUUUCGCAAAAGCAUGCAAAUUCGUGGUAACGCUUUAUUUUAAGUGUCCUUGAUGCAUAUGUUACGUGUACUUACUAUUAUAUUAACAAUUAAUUACUCGCAGUUACAUGUAAGUAAUACACCUAAACAUAUAGUAAAUACAAUAAUACUACUCAGUACUUAUACUGUAACAAGGACAUCUUAAAAAAACGUGUAACCAAACUCAUACAGGUUUGGAACAACAUGAGAGUGGGUAAAAGACUGACAGAAUGUACUUUUUAGGUAAGCUGUUUCUUUACAGAUUCAUCUCAUGCCUUUAUCGCCACCCAGAGCCGGAAGAGGGAGAACGUAACUCACUGAACGUAACACUGGACUACUGCUGUUUCUCAUUCCCUGUGAUCCAUCACUUCUUAAUGAUACAACACAGUAUCUGUGGAGCUGCCGACCUCUCAGCCGUCCUUCUCAAAUUGUGGACACUAGAGGGCGCUGUGAUAUUUGAAAACCGCAAUACUGGAUAGGAACCGUGUACAUGCUGGACAGCCUGCUUUAUCUUUCUGGUCAGAAAAAAAAUCAUUUUCUUUAAAAAGUCUCUCCUUUAGUAAUUCUAUCGUAUUUCAUAUUUAAAGAGACAGUUCACCAAGAAACAGUUCUGCCAUCAUUACAUUACCUGAAAUUGGUCUAACACAAAAAAAGAUAUAUUUUGAAGAAUGCUAGUAGCUGUUAGCUUCCAUCGAGUUCCAUUAUAUAUUUUUUUUUGUCCGUGGAAGUUUAAGGGAACUUGAACUGUUUGGCUACUAUUCUUCAGUAUGCGUGUAUGUCCUCAGCGAGAAACACUAAUUCACAUAAUUUUAUUAAAAAGACGACAUGAGGGUGAACAGCAACUGAUAUGAAGCAGUCGACGCGUGAGGCCAUUUCUAUGAGUCACAAACGAGAAAUCCGGAGGAAAAUGGAGCGGUUUCUGUUUUGUAGCUAGCUUGUAUUUCUUUCCAGUGCCAGAAACUGAGCUUUAGUCACUCGAGGCUGCUUGUCGACAGCCAGCUUGCAGGAAGUCUACACCUGUAAAUAAUGGGCUAACUUUUAAGUAAUAGUCUCGUCUUCCCCAGGGGAACGAGGGAAAUUAGGUGACUUGUGGCUGAGGCGUUCCUAUUUGUACAGUCACAUCGACAAUUCAUCAACAUCCUGUAACCAAAUCACAGAGAAACAACGCUUGCUGUAAUAGCCAGAUGAAGAGGAACUGGAGUGCGUGUGUGUGUGUGUGUGUGUGUGUGUGUGAGUGUGAGGAACUUCAUGAUGCUGCGUUUUUUAUUUAUCCUUCAAAUCUGAACUGAGCAGACAAGCGUAAAUACACAAACAGAGCCACACAAUACUUUUCAGGGUUGAGGGUGUUUUAUUGAGAUUGAAUGUGUUGUCUAAAGGAUGAUAAUAAUGCGCCCACCAUUUCAAGCCUUUGAUUUGUUAUGAACAGACUGUACAAACAGUUACGUAGUUGCAAUAUAUUAGCAAAUGUUUUCUCUUUAUUCCUUGGUUUGUGUGUAUUUCUGCGUCAGAGGUGUCCUACUCAUAAGGAGACGUCUGACCGUUUUUGUUUCGAUGCCUUUUUUUUAAGUGCAAUAUAUUUAUUUCAGCUAUGAAAAAAGAUAUGGCUAAUGUAAUAUUUGAAGCAAUGAUAAAUGUUAUUUGUAAACAAAAUGAAAUAUAUAUCACCCAAAAAUAAUGUUGUGAGAGUUUGAUUUUUUAUGUUUGCGUUGUUGUUAGUGCUGCCGACACACUCUUAAAAAAUAAAGGUUCC